AUGAAUUAUUCCAACGUAAUUUAUGUAGGAAAUGUCCAAUCGAUUGAUGACAAGACCCUACGGGAAUAUUUUCAACGGUUUGGUGAUAUUGAAGAAUUCUUUCAUAAUUGCACGCGUGCUGCUGACGAAUGGUUAAUUGAUUAUCGUUUUAUACGUUUUUCGCCUGAAACAGAUAUAAAUGUAUUCCUAACAAAUAAAAUCGACCACACGAUAUGUCGGAUUCGUCUGGAUAUUCACUCAUAUGAUGCAGCUUUCCACGAAGACGCACGUUUGAUGUUAGAUAGAAAAGUUUGUAUUGCUCAUACAAACCCUAGACUUGAUCGAAAUGUUAUUAAAAAAGCGUUUACCAGAUAUGGACGCAUAUUAAAUUGUACAUGCGUCUCUUCCGGCAAUGGCGUGGAAUAUGUUUAUAUUGAAUUCGAUUCAAUUAAUUCAGUUCGGUCUGUUUUCGCUUCGGGACAAACUCAUUUCGCUGGACGAACAUCCUUGGCAGUUAAGCCAGCACUGCGACCAUCACAAGUCGGAAUCAAAGUCGAACAGAAUCUACCAGCGAAUAGUAAAGAUUGGUACCGAGACGAUCAAUUAAAACCGGUGAAAAAUGCUCCUCAACCAAUCUCACGUGCUCUUUCCACAUCAUGCAAUGUUGUCGAUCAACAACAAAUCAAAGAUCUCGAGCGAGAAUACAACGUGAUUAUUCAAAAAGAUUUCGAUGAAAUAACAUAUCAAAUUGACAAAUAUCUUCGAAAACAACGUGAAAAAUAUCGACAAUUCCAUGAAUACAUUCGCCCAACAAAGUCGCGCUAG